AUCGAUAGUGUUGCCGAGUCCCCGACGGCGUCGCGUGGUUCGCCCGCGUGUUUUUGGAAGCGACAGAGGUUAUUCUGACGACGAGCCGGCCGCCAGGCAGCAACGCAACAUAUCAACUCGCAGCCCUGAGUGGACUCAACUGGUCGUACGGACUCGCAAAUCGUUCCGCUGUUUAACACGGAAAAGGGCCCUCCGUGCGGCAAUCACCGACAUGGCGCCCGCGCCGCCUGGUAGCCAACUCGCUCCACUGCCAACUAACCUACCAUUCCGCCUCAUCAGCAAGACGAUAGGCCAGGGCGCAUAUGCUUCAAUCCGCAAAGCAUGUCCCCAAAACGCCCCAAAACCCGUCAUCGCCAUCAAGUUCAUCAACAAGGAACAUGCGUUCAAGCAAGGGCGCCUCUCGCCGAAGCAGAUCAAGAUGGAGAUCGCACUGCAUCAACACCUCGGGAAACACCAGCACAUAAUACACUGCCUGGGAUCCGGCGAAGACGCGCUGUGGACAUGGAUCGCUAUGGAGCUCGCCGACGGCGGUGACUUGUUCGAUAAGAUCGAGGCCGACGAGGGCGUCGGAGAAGACAUUGCGCACUUCUACUUCACGCAGCUGAUCAGUGCGGUCGGCUUCAUGCAUUCGAAGGGCAUUGCGCAUCGGGACAUCAAACCGGAGAAUGUGCUCUUAAGCGGAGAGGGAGACUUGAAGCUUGCGGAUUUCGGCCUCGCGGCACUGUUCAAGAAGGAUGGGCAGUUGAGAUUAUGCAACACGGUUUGCGGAUCCCCACCCUACAUUGCUCCGGAGAUUGUCAGUGGACGGAGGAGCAAGAGAGCGGAUAUCCUGGACGUGGGCUACGCGGCCAAUAUUUGCGAUGUCUGGAGCUGCGGUGUGGUCCUCUUCGUGCUCUUGGUCGGUAAUACGCCUUGGGAUGAACCUACGAUGCGCAGCGAGGAGUUCAAGGAGUAUGUCGAAACGGACGGGCGUACCACCGACGAACUCUGGCAGAAGCUGCCACCGGAAAUAGUAUCCUUGCUUCGCGGCAUGCUCAAACUCGAUCCAGCCUCACGCUUCACCCUCGACGGAAUAAGAACACAUCCGUGGUUCACGAAGAAGAACCAGUUCCUCUCACCCUCCGGGCGAAACGCGAACCCUGUCGGUCUAGCCACCCAGAUGCUUUCUUCGCUGAGGAUAAACUUCGACAGCGGUCCGAGACUAUCACAGCGCGGCGCCUCCCAAGACCUAGACGCCAUGGACAUUGAGUCUGCACCUCACCGCUCCAGAGCAAACCCCGCGAACAUCAACCUACUCUCCUCUACACAACCAGAAACCCCAGUUGCCGAAACACCCUUCGACUGGGAACGACCACCUAGGCUCGCUAGCCAUGACGGCAUCUCUGCCUCCCAACCCGCAGGCGAUAAUCAGCGUCCAGUAUACCAAACGCAGAAGAUAACCUCUACUCCUUUCCUCUCCCAACUGCCAUCCAGCACGCAGGAUAUCCUCUCCCAAGACCCCAGCAUGACACAAUUCACACCCACGCCUUCUGUGCCGCUCUCGCUCACCCAGCAAGCCCGGAAAUUCAAAGACAUUGUGCCAAGCUACUCGCUCGCGCGCUUCAUCUCGCCGCUCUCUAUUGGGCUGCUUGUCCCUUUGCUGGCCGAAGCUCUGCACCGCUUAGGUGUUCCAGCGCCGCCGUUCACAGAAGAGCAGACAGCAGAGUGGGAGAGGAGCGGGGAGGCAAGCGUGAGAGUCAAAAUGGCGGAUGGGCGGAGGCAAGGACUGAAUGGACAUAUUCUGGUCGAGAGGGCGUGGUUUGAUGGCCAGGCCAUGAGCGAGGUGAGGUUUGUGAAGGCUAGUGGGGAUCCAUUGGAGUGGAGGAGGUUUUUUAAGAACGUGGUUGUUUGUAUAGGGGAUGUGGUGUUGAGGCCUGGUUAAGAUGAGCUAAGGCUCUGUGGGAUCGAAAUCAAGAGCGGCGAAUUAUGAUUCUUAG